CACCUCACGAUUCUUGAUAAAGAAGGAUAUAUUGUUCAGAUAGAUGUAGGAAGAAAUUUGCUCAGACAGCUCCAGUUAGCGGGCUGCUCUCCCAGUGUAGAGCAAAUAUUUGCCACCAGACAGCUGGCAGCAAUGUUUUCUUUAAGAGUAAAUGAUGUUUAAAAAAAAAUCACUGACAGUGUUAACAAAUACUCAGUUAGUGAUCUGCAAGAUAAGAACAGCACAAGGGCUUAUUUAUUCAGUUUUUACUGGACUCUAUUAAAAUUGCAUGGACGGUGCUCAGGGACAUUACCCAUGAUGUUAUAUGGAUUUUAUUGCCUGUAAGUCAGGAAUUAAUCUGCUAGAGCUUCAAUAUUUAAAACUGAUGUUCUUUUAGAAUACAUAUAACUUAAACCAAGAGCUGAAAGGACGGAUGUUUUUUUUUGUUUGUUUGUUUGUUUUUUACAUUAGAGUAUACAGUGCUCUAAAGGUAAGCUCUUUAAGGCUUCUCUAUUAAAUUGUUUACACUGUCCAUAUGCGAGUUAUUCAGCUCUUAUAUUUUAAGGAGUAAGGUACAGGCUUACAUUCCUCAUUCUUAUAACUACACACUUCUUGUUAGUUGCACUCUAACUAUUUAAUACUUCAUAGUAGCUAUAGAAGAGCAUGCUUUAAAGCACAAUACUGUCUGAGAGUAGUUCUUUUUACUGAUAUCGCCUUUAAUAAAUGUGCCGAUAUUUUUCAGUGAUCAUUGAUGAAAUGUUUGUUAUACAGCCCAGUCUAACAGUAUUUCUUAGUUAAUUAUACAACUGUAUAACCUCAGUGGAUUAUGAAACUGCUUUGUCAGUAAUAUGGGUUGUUCGUACGUAUUAUAGCAUUAUAAAAGUUGAUAUUUUAAUUGUUUUAUAAUGAAUUGACAGGUGGCAAUUUUUCUAACUCUGGUUUGAGUGUUUUUGGCUUUGACAAAAACGUAUUUAAAGAUUGUUAGGCUCCUGCUACAAUGAACAUUUUUCCUUUGGAGUUGUGACUGCUUAUUCAUCCUCCCUAAGCAUGUAAUUUAGAGGUGAAUACUGGUCUGGGAAGAGUAAUUUUAGCGUGACGAUCUGUGUUUAACUGGGAGUGAUGUUAAAAUUACAUAAAGAUCAGAAAGAGGACAUCCUGAAAAAAAAAGACUGUUUGUAGAAUCACAACGAUCCUGUAGCUUUGCUCCUCCAAAAUCACGUCACUGUUUAAAAAAUAGCCCCCAGCUGGAGCAAAAAACCCACAAAACACACACUGUGUGAGGAGUGCAGAGAUUUGCACUGAGCUGUUUGCAGUGAGCUUUUAAUAGUGCCAGUGAACUUGAGUAUUAUCCUUAGAUUAUCCUCUAUCAAUGGCUUGCACCCAGAAAGCUUUAUUUAUCAUUACACACUACAGUAACACUUAAAUGAGGUCAGAUUAAAAAAGGGUCCUCAAAAACUCAAAACCAGCCAAAUAAAAAAUGCUUUAGUUCCCUGUCCUCCCUAUCACCACUUGACUGAACUUGUCACACUUUUACUGCAGAUCAGAGUAGCAUCUGGUUGUAAAUUACAUGUGAGACAUGCCUCUGUGCAUUUUUCUAAAGGACUACAAUGUAAAAGACACACUGACCUUCUCCAGCCAGAUGUCAUGACUCUCAGGACACCAAUCCAUUGUCCAGCAUCAAGCUUAUUAUAUCCUUGUGUGUACACAAACCACCUUUUCAUAGCUCUAUGCAUUGCAUUAUCAUCAAUGCCAUCAGUGUCAUCGAUGGCAUAAUAAGAAUUAUGUAGGGCAAGCUAUUACACACACACUUAAAGACAGAUAGGCAGCUGCAUUCAUCAUUUCUAAAACUUUUUUAAGUGGUUCAAGUCCAUAAUGCCAUACUGGGUUCAUGCUGCCUUUUUUUUUAAACCAGAAAAAAAAACACUAAAUGUAUAGUUCUGUCUGCUGUUCUUUUGUGUAAUUUGUACAUUAAUUGGACAAUGUAUGUCAGUCUAUCUAUGUUUAGUGUUUUCCUCCAAAGCCAUUUUCUAUCUAGGGGCAUUUCACUUUGUGUAAUCACAUGACUGUCACUGAUAGGCUGCAUGAAUCUACAGUCCGGGCGAGAAAGAAAUCAGCCCCAGUCCCGCUUCAGCAUACUAUUCUGUGUUUUUUGUUUUUUUUUUUACAACCAUUGGUGGUGGUGUUGUACAUGAUUCAAUGAAACCUCAUAUUGAUGUCUUUUUAUUUUUGAAAGACAGGGAGGGGCUAAGCCCUGCUAGACUAUUUAUACCAGCCACCCUUGAAUAUCUCUGGGUAAAUGUUCUGUCACCACCAGUACUUUGAUCGUUGUGCGUGUUAGAUACCCUGAGGAAAACAUAUUAUUGAUGAAGAUCACCAUAAAAUAAUGAGCAUCAAUAGCUUUGUAGCAAAUGCUACCUCAAAACGAACCUUUAAUGACACUACGUUGCAGGAUACAGAAUCUGCCUUUAUAAAGUAUUAUAAUAUAUAGUGGUGGAUCUCUUAUUUUGGUUUUGUUUCACAAAACCUCUAGAAGGUAAAACAUGAAUCAUAUUUGGAGCAACUACUACAGACUAAGCCUUUUGCAAAGUUGAUUUGUGUUACUUGACUUAAACCAAAUAGAGAAUGUGUGGGUGAGCAGGAAAGGAGAGUAAACAAUCAAGGACCUAGAGAGCUAGGAAGAAAGGUUUCUGUGGUAGGAAGUAUGUACAGAGCGUUUCAUUAGGGUUUUUUUUUUCCAACACUCAGUUGGAACAAGCAGAUUGGGCAAACACACACCGAAACAGUAAUCAUGAGUAAGUACUUUAUCAUCUAUAUUCAGGCAGACUGAGCUUGAAAUACAAAUAAUAAAAGCACAAACAGAAGGAGACUAGGAAACAAAGUUAACAUGUGAAACAGGAAAGGAGAUAGAUGUGUAUGGAUUAAAAAUAAAUUAUUUGAUGGUGACAAAUUCAUAGACAACUAAAUAAAGAAUCUAAGGUUGAAAGAAAGAAAGCAAGUAAGAAAGAAAGAAAGAAAAUGUUAAAGGAUAAUGAUCACUUGACUAUGCAAAAUGGCAAUUGAACAUACAAUAUCUACACAGUUGGACAGUUGGAGUAAAUGUGUAUUAUUCUUUCUUUAAUAUUUUGGAUAAACUGUUUUUGACUGAGAUAUGAAACAUUUAGGAUUUUGAAUAUAGUUGGUAACCAAGUCAGCUAUUUUAGCAUUUAACAUCUCCAUAAUUCUGUUUCAUGAACAGGAACAGAAGGUCUCUCAGUGUGGAACCCUCAGAUCUCAGAACAGUUUGGUUUGCAUAGCAGCCUCUUUUGUUUAUCCACCUGCAUUUGCAUCAGCAGCACAGCGGAGAGCAUUUAAUAUUCCAUGCACUUUUAUAAGCGUGUGUUUAGAUAGCAUCUCUUUCUGACCAACAGAGUAGAAAUUUUCCAUAAUCAAACUCUCAUUAGAUUAAUGACCUGUAAAUACUCUCAUUAAAAGGUAAUCACAUUUUGCUUGAAGAGAAUGGCAAAUUAAUACACAAGGAAAAUGUCAUUAGAUUUUAAAACAAUAAUUGAAUAGGGAGCUUUUUGUAAAAUAUGUUUUGCUGUAUCUUUGUUAAGCCCUUUUACACUUUUAAUGAGACACAUACACUUCUAAAGGCCUGGGACUGCCUAUAUGUAGUAAAAUCUGCCAUAGUGAUGACUGUGAAUACAUUUUAAUGUAACGUCAGAUUUAAUUCAUGCAUGGCUUGCUGCUUGCUGAGUUUUUAGACAGCACUAGGACAAAGAUGUCACAGUGCAGAGACAUACUUGUGUCUCAUUGGUGGGUAUGUAGUGUAUUACCAGAAGGUUAAAUAUCAAAAUCUGAUAAAAGUAGAAUUUGUUAAUUAGAGAUGAAAUAUAACAAAGUAAGCAGACAACAAUAUGAAAGUGAUUUCUAUAAUGAAUUCUGUUAUUUGUACAUAAUAAACUCAUCAUGUAAGCAACAUGACACUUCUGGAUGUGCUGUACUUAGAAUAUAAUCAAUGACAGGUGGUGUGAUACCAACCCCUAGUUCAUUAUUUACCAAUAACAGCACGUCCCAAAGUAUUAUAUUUGUCUUAUAUCACAGCAAAUUGCCAAUGUUUACUUUUUUUUUUUUUUAUUAAAGCAUGACAAGACAUACUUUUUGUCCAUUUAUAUGCUUAAUGGUGUGGAACGUCCAUGAAACAAUUUAGUUCCUGUUAUGACUUACAUUAUAGCAGCUAUAAACAGUUGUAUGCUUCAAGGCAUACAGAGGGACCAACUGUUUAGACAGAAAAAAUGCAGCUUUUCAUGUUACAGAGAAAAUCCUCUGUCCUUAGAUUUUCUGUGGUGGAAAACAGCUUUAGCUCUGACUGUUACAAAGCAUGACAUUGGAGACUCCUUCCAAAAGUGUUAAAUAAAUGUCUCCUGCCAGAACAUUCAAUGAUUACAUGUCCUAUAUAACAACACAGUAUUAGGCUUAUAUUACAUGGAGUUUUUACUAUAGAAAUAAUAACAUAUUAGUAUGUUAGUAUCAUUCAUAUAAACAUUAAUGUAAAUUAUUUGCCUUGCAGCCUUGCUGCUGUUAUAGAAAAUAAAUCACCUUCGGACCGAUCAGAUUUGAGAAUUCACCAGCACUGUGGUGUAAACAGUUUUACUGGUCAUAAAUAGUAGUAAAGGAAGGAAAAUGGGAUUUGGAUGCAGAAUGCAGAAUCAUUCUGCAGCAUGGUCACAUUCAUUCCAGAAACAGAAAUUAUUUUACUUUAACCUCAUUAACAAUUAUGUGCUUUGUUAGCAGUUUACCUCCAUUGGUGUAAUUAGUGUCACAAUUUCAUGCAAAAUUAGGCAUGUAAUUAAGCCUUAAAUAAAUGUUGUGAGCAGGGGAUUGUAGAACUAAUGAAAAUAGCAUUGCUAACGAGGCCCAGUGGACACAGUGCACCAUAAAAACACACUUCAUUUUAACUUUCUUCUUCACAGCUUUAACGAGAGGAAACAUGGUAAAUCAGUGAGUCCUAUACAUAGGAUUCAUUUCCUUUUAGAAGUGUAGAUACUUGUUUCUAUUAAACCCUACUAAUUUAUCUAUUUGGGUGGUAAAACAGAAAUUGAUGCCAUUCACUCUUCAGAGCUUAAGUAGCAUGCACUGAUAGCUGCAUGGUUUCCACAAACAGUUGUGAGUUUAUUAGUUUAUUAGUGUAUUAGUUUGUUAUUUAACUAUAGACGCAUUGACACAUGGGCUCAGUCCCCUUAGGAACACUACAUUAUUGUCUAUACCAUACCUCAUCGUCAAUCCAAUAGGAAUGCACAUCAACAAGUAUCCAUUUGCCCAUAAAAUGGCUGCUAGAUAUUAAUUAAUCUCAAAAAAAAAAAAAAAAAAAAAAAAACUAACCAGCAAACAUGUAAGUACUAUUUUUCAUCACAGCUAUUUAUAGCUUAACUUGGAUGCUCAAGGGGCACCAAAAACAAAUAGCAGAGCAUAUUUGUUGUCAGGACUAAAUUUGAUGAUGCAUACCCCCAUUUUUAGAAAGGUCCAGAUGUUUUGGUAAUGCUCUAAAUGACCCCAAUGAUAAAAACAUAAUUGCACUCCAAGGUAAUUACAAAGCAUUUGGCUAAACUAUUAAAACACAUAUUGGUGAUUCUGUUCAAAUGGAAAUUACUGCCACUAGCUCUAGGCCUACGCUAUUGCCCCAGUAAUUCUCUCACUGCGUCACUUACCUAAAACAUUACUUGGCCUUCAAUUACCACAGUCACCUACUCAUUCACUCAACUAUUACCUUAAUCAGAGUCCCUUAGUCACUCACUUACCCACCCAUUCACUCACCUACUUCCUCACCCAGUGCCUCAGUCCCUCAGUCACCCACCACAAACUUCACUUCAAUUUCUCACCCAUUCCCACAGCAAUUUUCUCAUUUGCUCAGUAAUUCCCUCAGUCAUUCAUUCACCUGUUCCCUUACCAAGACUCUCACCUAUAGCUCAGUCAUUCAUUCACUCGUUCCCUUACCCAGACUCUCACUUAUCCCUUAGUCAUUCAUUCCCCCGUUCACUUAUCUGUCAGUUGUUCAUUCACCCAUUUCCUUACACACCACUCAUUUACUCACUUAUAUUUACGUCACAAACUCAUUUGCUCCCUCAUACACUCACUCAUUCUCUCACUGACAAGAACAAGUUAUAAACAAAUGAACUGGCAAAUAAAGGGCCAUUUAAAAUGAACUGAAUGAGCUUUCAUCUCGAUUGUUGUAUCCCCCUACACACACUCACAAAUGGACUUCAAGUAAGCCAUCCUUUGUUACCUGCACAGGCGUGUGCCGCCAAUUGCAAAAGACCCAAACACCUGUGUCACUGAUGUGCUAUAAAGGCCAAUCAGUGGCCAGCUGCUGGGGACAACGAGGCUCUGAAGAGUGCUCACAAAUACAACGCCCCCCACCCACCGUUCCCUUGCUUGCUUGGUGAGUCAGUAAAUGAGGGAGUGGGUGAGGGAGGAGGUAGACACUGAUGCUAUUGGGGAUCAGUAGCGUGGUGGGUGCUCCUCUCCCUGCCCAGUGCUCUGCUCAUUAUCCCCCCAUCCUGCUGCUUGCUCACUACCUAUGAAUAGUCAAUAACAAACAAGCAAGCAGGAAAUGAGGGAGCAGAUGAAGGCGACCCGCCGACUGAUGUCAGCUAUGUUUGUAGAGAGCUGCUUUAUUCAGAUUAUCCCAGCAGUCCUUGGCGAGUACGUUAGAGAGUGCUGGGAGGAUGUUCCUGUGGGCUGGAACUAAAGGACCUCAGGGAUCAGGAAAUGAAAGAAGAACCAUUUAUCAGAAGAUCAGAGAAUAUGACAUUCUGGACAAGAGGAAGACUGUGACAGCACUGAAAGCAGGAGAGGACAGAGCUAUUCUCCUUGGUCUUAGCAUGAUCUUCUUUUCUGUCAUGAUGUACUUUGUCCUGGGCAUUACAAUGGUGCGGUCAUAUACAGACAGUGUGUGGACAGAGGAGUCAAGCUGUACCGUGCUAAAUUCAACUAUUAUUGGGGAGAUUAACUGUAGCUACAGCUGUGGUGCAGAAUGCUGGAAGAGUUCCAGAUACCCAUGCCUGCAGGUGUACGUCAGCCUGAACUCAUCAGGCCGAAUCCUGAGACUGUCCCACAACGAGGAAGCCCAGGAGGCCAAUCCUGAGUGUUUCUUUGUCCCUAAGUGCCGUAAGGAUCACGCAACGAUGCAUGCCUUGGUACUGAACAUCUCCGAGCGCCUGAAGGUCCAGCAGCAGGUGCGUUGUUACUCAGACCCAGCAGAGCAGCAGGACAGUGCCAUCCUGACACGCCUCUAUGGUCGUGCUGCCAUUCUCUCAUCACUGCUGUGGCCCACGUGCAUGCUUGUGAUUGGCGUGCUCAUCGUUGCCAUGGUCAAGCUCACACAAUACCUUUCCAUCCUCUGUGAGCGGAUAAGCCGCAUUAAGAGGACUGGUCUUUCUCCAGUUGCAUCUGCCUCGCACUCCAUGGAGGGCACUAAAAACAUGUUGGAUGGGAUUUGAAUGGAAAAGCGUCCAAGAUGAAAGGUCAAAAGGGAAACAAUGGACAGAUUCUUUGGCUGAACCCAGUUUUCUACACCUCUAUAAGCAGCACAAUCUUUUAAAGACUAGAGAGACUAAUGACCAAUGGUGUUUUAUGUGCCUCUGCCCUCCUGUCAACUUUGUUCAUCAAUCCAUGUUGUGGUGACAAGGAAGGACAUUUGACUUGGACAAUGUCGAGCUUUCAGAGACUGAAAUUUGUGGCUGGAAUUGUACAGCACAGGUUGGGUGAAGUCCAAAUGAAUAAAAUCUAAGCGUCAAAAACAA